AUGGCCUUGUCUCUCCCUUCAGUCCACAACGAAUGGCUGAACCUUUUUUCCCAUAUCGCCUCAUUGCUGCACGUCCCACCAUGGCAUACCUCUGAACUCCCAGACCUCGACGCUCGUACCACCGCUCAAUUAAUAGAUCACACCCUUCUAGCUGCAGCUGCAACAUUGGAUCAGAUCUCCACUCUCUGCGUCGAGGCACGUGAACAUCACUUUCGAACGGUCUGCGUCCGCUCAAAUCAUGUGGCUCAAGCAAAGAAAGACCUCUUGGGCACCGAUGUCGGAGUGGCCUCUGUGGUUGGUUUCCCAUCCGGCGAUGACUAUCCGUCCUAUAGUACAGCGCAAAAGGUGGCAGAGGCCAGAUUCGCCAUUGCGGAUGGAGCAACCGAGCUCGACAUGGUCUUGAACUAUGAAGCUUUGAAAGAGGAUGGCCAGGUAUCCGAAAAUGAACACACAAGCAUGUAUACAGCCAUAUACGAAGACGUUGUGGCUGUUCGCGAGGCAGCUCCUAGACCAAUGAUUUUGAAGGUCAUACUCGAGACGAGUCAGCUCACGGAUGAGGAUGUGGCUAGAGCGUGUGUUAUUUGCUGUUUAGCAGGAGCAGAUUUCGUGAAGACAAGUACAGGUUUUCGAGGGCAUGGUGCCACGCUAGAAGUGGUGCAGCUGAUGAGGGCAGUGUGUGACGUAUGCCAGAGUGAGGGGUUGACCACAGGAAGAGUGCAAGUCAAGGCUUCUGGUGGGAUAAAAACAAUAGACGACGUCCGGAAAAUGGUGUCCGUGGGAGCAGAAAGGAUAGGCGCGAGUGCUGGUGUUGCCAUCAUAAGUGGUCUGAAGAGGAGAAACUCAGUCGUUCCGAAAGCUUUAGAGGACAGGGUAAGGGGUGAUUACGACAUUUCUGAAGCCAAUCAACGGUUAGAGAGCACGCUGACAGAGUCGUCGCAACCCGGAAGCCAAUACUCUCCCGCCAACGGGCAGGAAGCUGUCUAG